AUGCAACACAGCACUAAAAAAGUUUUUGCUGCACGACUGCUGUCACUGUUAUCCUGCGCUUCUGGUGGAAUCUUCUUGGGAGUUUGUCUGUUGGAUCUAUUCCCAUUAGCAAAAGAAACAUUUGAAAAAAUCAAAAACGAUGCAAAGCUAAAAUCAGAAUAUCCCUUUACCGAACUAGUUAUUGGUUUGGGAUUCUUUUUUGUAUAUUUUGUUGAAGAAAUUGCUGCAAAGUUAUGUGUCAUGAGUGUGCCAACUGAUGACGAAUCUUAUUGUCCAGAAUGCAGCGAAUGUCAGACUGCUCGCGAGAUUCAAGUAGAUGCUGCUUUUUCAAAUCCGCCUUUAACAGUAAGCGAAAAAACGGCAACAAAAUCCCGUGCCAACUCUGUUGCAGCAAAAAGAUUACGCACAAGCUCUGUAUUAUCAAAUCGUCUUCGAACUAGUUCUGUACUAUAUGCUGCUAAACAGAAUAUUGUCACUAUACAGCAUAGCGUAAGCAAUGACAUUGUUCGAUCGAUAACCUUUGUCACCGCAUUUUCAUUCCAUUCAACAUUAGAAGGUUUUGCAUUCGGAGUACAGGACAGUACGCUGAGUGCCGUAACACUGUUUUUUGGAAUUAUCGUACAUAAAGCUGUUGUGACGUUUAGCAUUGGUAUGAGAUUAGUCAGAUCUCAUCCAGAUCGGCGCUUUCUCAUUAUAGGUCUUAUUAUCUUUGUAGCAUUUACAGCACCGAUUGGUGGUAUCAUUGGAAUUGCUGUUCAGAAUUCAAGAAUGGACGAAUUACCAAAAAAUAUUGUUUCGACAGUUUUGACAUGUGUUGCAUUAGGAACCUUCUUAUACAUAACAUUUUUUGAGGUAUGA